AUGAUUAUAACUGCCAAUGUAGUAUUAAUAUUAAAUCUACAAUUAUUCCAAAUUAAAUUUGGAGAGGCAUUUCCUCAUAUAAUGCCGAGAACACAAGAGCUUAUUCAAGAAUCAAAGUUCAAUAAUCUAGAAGAAUUGAUAAAUAGUAAAGAAAACAAAGAAAUUUUUAAUCAAAUUAAAACUACUGAAAAUUCAUUUUAUGAUGCUUAUUUAAAUGUCGUUGGUACUACCACCUAUUUAGCUUAUAAUCAAUAUCAAAGACAACCAUACGUAUCGAAUGGCUAUAUUGGUGCCAGAAUUCCAAAUUUAGGUCAAGGUUUUACAUUUGAUCAAUUAGCACCUGGUGGUAAUAAAGAAGAUUUAUCAAGUGGUUGGCCUUUAUUUAACCAAAGAUUUGCUGGAGCAUUUAUUGCUGGGUUUUAUGAUGCACAGGAAAAUACCACUGGCACUAAUUUUCCAGAAUUAUUAGAAAAUGGGUAUGAAAGUGUGAUUGCAGCUAUACCUCAAUGGACUACGUUACAAAUUAAACUUCUGACAGAUGUUUCAAGUUUUAUACUAGAUCCUUCAAAUCCUGAUACAAUUGGAGACAUCACAAAUUAUAAUCAAAAUUUGAGUUUAGCUAAUGGUAUAGUGUCUACAAGAUUUACGUGGUUAAAUACAUUAGAUGUUAAAUAUGAUAUAUUAGCUCAUAGAUCAGAACCAAAUUUAGGGUUAGUAAGUUUACAAAUUAAAAAUUUAAAGAAUGAUACAAUAAGUUUUGAAAUCAUUGAUCUUUUAGAUUUUAAAAGUGCUCAAAGAUGUGAAUUAAAUCAAGUAGGGUAUGAGGAAGAUGGAAUAUAUAUGACUGUGGAGCCAAAAGGAGUAGAUUAUGCAUAUGCGACUGUUUUUUCACGAUUAAUUGCCGAUCAAAAACCAACUCAAAAGGUAAACAAUGAUACAAUUAUCCAAUCAAUUAAUAUUCAAUUACAACCAAAAGAGUUUAAAGAAAUUACAAAAAUAGUAGGAAUAGUGUCGACUGAUUUUGACAAGAAUUUAAAAUCACCAACUGAUACAAUUAAUUUUGUAAGAAGUGUAACUCAAUCAUUCAACGACAAACACUCCUUAUUCAAAUCUCACAAUAUUGCAUGGUCAAAUUUACUAAACACAUCGUCUAUUUCAUUUCCAAGUGAUGCAUUAAUCAAUCUUGGUUCCAGAGCCUCAUUAUUUCAUUUAAUGGCUAAUACAAGACCAAAUGCUCAGGGCUUAACAGGUGCAAUUGGAGUUGGUGGUUUAAGUUCAGAUAGUUAUGCUGGUAUGGUAUUUUGGGAUUUAGAUUUAUGGAUGUUUAAUGGAAUUUUACCAUUUGCUCCUGAACAUGCUAAAAGUAUAGUCAAUUAUAGAGUUCAUACACAUAAACAAGCUAUUGAAAAUGUGCCACAAGGUUAUCAUGGUGCUGUAUAUCCUUGGACAAGUGGUAGAUUUGGAAAUUGUACUGCAACUGGACCAUGUAUAGAUUAUGAAUAUCAUAUAAAUGUUGCGGUUGCUUUGGCUGCUUGGAAUAUUUAUUUAAGUGGAGCAGGUGAUGAAACUUAUUUAAGAGAUGUUGCUUAUCCAUUAAUUAAAGAUGCUGCUACUUUUUUUGCAAAUUAUUUGGUGAAUUUUAAUGAAACAUUGAAUAGGUAUACAACUAAAAACUUAACAGAUCCAGAUGAAUAUGCCAAUCAUGUAGAUAAUGGAGCUUAUACAAACGCAGGGAUUGCAUCAGUUAUGAAUUGGGUUACCACUAUUUCAGAUCAUUUAAGUUUGGAUAUACCUGAUAAUUUCACUCACAUUGCAGAUAAUAUGUAUUUACCAACGGCUGAUAAUUAUCAAAAUAUUACAUUGGAAUAUUCAGGCAUGAAUUCAUCAGUAGGUAUUAAACAAGCUGAUGUAAUUAUGUUGACUUAUCCAUUAGAUAAUGUAAUGUUGGAUGUUGAUCAAGCUUAUAUUAAUAUGGAAUUUUAUUCAAUGAAACAAGUAAGUUUUGGACCAGCAAUGACAUUUCCUAUUUUUUCAAUUGUUGCUGCUGAUUUAGCACCAACUGGAUGUGCAUCACAAUCAUAUUUACAUAAAUCAAUUCAACCAUUUUUAAGAGGUCCUUUUGCACAAUUUCUGGAACAAAAUAAUGAUAUUUAUAGAUUAAAUGGUGGUACUCAUCCAGCAUUUCCAUUUUUGACUGCUCAUGGUGGAUUCUUGCAAGCAAUUUUACAAGGAUUGACUGGAUUUAGAUUUGAAUAUGGAAUAGAUGAUCAGGCUAGAGUUCAUAGAAUGUUGAGAUUGGACCCAAUUGAAUUACCAUGUUUUAAAAAGGGAGUUUUAUUUGAUAAAGUUUACUAUGAUAAUCAUACGAUUUCUAUAACGGUAAAUAAGACCAGUUUGAUUGUUGAAAACUUAGGUAAGGUCAAUGAUCAAGCAAAUGAUUACAUUGAAAUCUUCAUUGGCGAAAGAAAUCCACAAUCUGGUAAAUAUAAAUUAUUAGAUAAUUCACAAAUGGUAUUUCCAUUAUUUUCACCAUAUAAAUCAUUUCCUGGAUCAAUUUCAGAAUGUGGAGAUGCUACAUUUUAUAAUAUAACUGGUGGUGCAUUUGGUGAUUCGCCAUUUUCAAUUAAUGAUGGAGAUAAUACAACAAGAUGGCAAAACAAAUAUAAUGAUACAACAGGUAAAGUUUUAGUUGAUUUUCAUAAACCCACAAAUAUAUCCAGUGUAUUGUUUAAUUGGGCCGAUAGACCACCUAAAUCAUUAACACUUUUUAAAUAUUCAGAUACAGAAUUUAAUCAAGCUGAUGAAUUUUUUGCCAAUGUUGAUUUUGGUGAACCUGAUUUGUUAAAUGAAUUUAAGUAUGCUUCAACAUCACAAAGAAUAUUUAAUCAAAGUGAAAUUUUUGAAAAGAUUCAUUUUCAAGAAGUUGGUAUAACUGAACCAUUUGAUGAAGAUGAAUUUAAACAAGUCUUAGUACCUACAAGACACAAUGUAACAACAUUAGAUAAUUUAAACCUUCACAAUUGUCAAUUUUUAUUAAUCGAAGUUGAUAAAAUUCAUAACACAGAACCAAUUGCAGAUGAUAUCGGUGGUGCAAAAUUAGCUGAAAUUGUAUUUUAUUAA